UUUUUUUUUUUUUUUUUUUAAAUCGUGGAUUUACAGCUUGAAUGUUUUCUCAAGUCAGGGAUGCAAUGAGAAGGAGGAAAAAAGUAUUCGCCAUGGAGUAAUUCCGCCGGAGGGACGCGUUUAUGUUCCCGCGUAUGUCUGCACCGUUACAGCGAAGAGACGAGUGUUGCGUAGGCUACAUCCCAUGUGAAACACGGACGUAAUGCAGAAUUAAAUUAUAGGACGCGUUAUUCAAUAAACCUGCCUUUUGAUUACUUGAGAGUGGUGGAUUUAUUUGCUGAUGCCAACACCUCCAGAUUGCCUGUAUGGCCGGAUCAUGAAGUUUUUGACGUUUUUCCUUUUACUUCCAGAAACCCUGAAAAGGACUAGAAAGAGUGGGAAACAGACCGGCAAGCUGCCAGUAUGCUAUGAGAUCGUGACUUUGUCUUUGAAGAAGAAGAUGGCUGCAGAACUUUAUCCUGCCAGCAUAAAUACAAACCUACCAAAUAGUAACGGCACAGCAGUAACUGCUGCCAGCAAAAAGACGAUCGUUCAGGUGCCCCAAACGGUAACCACGCCGACAGCGACCGCCACCCAGCAGAACAUAAACAACAACAACGUCGAGACCGCCAGUUGGCAAUCUACUCAUCCGACACUGCGGGAAAGGAAUGCUCUGAUGUUCAACAACGAACUCAUGGCGGAUGUUCAUUUUAUCGUGGGUCCCCCGGGCCAGUCAGAAAAAGUUCCAGCUCAUAAGUAUGUGUUGGCUGUGGGGAGUUCCGUGUUCGGUGCCAUGUUCUACGGGGAUCUCGCUGAGGGCAAAUCUGAGAUUCAUAUUCCUGACGUGGAGCCUGCUGCAUUUUUAAUCCUAUUGAAAUACCUGUACAGUGAUGAGAUUGAACUGGAGGCUGACACGGUGCUGGCCACUCUGUAUGCCGCCAAGAAAUAUAUAGUGCCUGCCCUGGCCAAGGCCUGCGUCACCUUCCUGGAGACAAGCCUGGAGGCCAAGAAUGCCUGUGUGCUGCUGUCCCAGAGCCGGCUGUUUGAGGAGCCUGAGCUCACGCAGCGCUGCUGGGAGGUGAUCGACGCCCAAGCUGAACUGGCCCUCCGUUCAGAGGGCUUCUGUGAGAUCGACCUGCAGACCCUGGAGAUCAUCCUGAAGCGGGAGACCCUCAACACCCACGAGGCGGUGGUCUUCCAGGCUGUCCUGGACUGGGCUGUCGCUGAGUGCAAACGGCAGGGACUGGGCCCCACGGCCCGCAACAAGAGGGCCGUACUGGGCAAGGCCCUCUACCUCGUGCGUGUCCCGACCAUGACGCUGCAGGAGUUUGCGGACGGUGCGGCGCAGUCGGACGUGCUGACGCUGGAGGAGACGCACGACGUGUUCCUGUGGUACACGGCGGCCAACAAGCCCAAGCUGGACUUCCCAAUGGCACCGCGCAAGGGCCUGACGCCGCAACGCUGCCACCGCUUCCAGUCGUCCGCGUACCGCAGCAACCAGUGGCGCUACCGCGGACGCUGCGAUAGCAUCCAGUUCGCUGUGGACAAGCGAAUCUUCAUCGCCGGCCUGGGCCUCUACGGCUCCAGCGGCGGCAAGGCAGAGUACAGCGUCAAGAUCGAACUGAAGCGCCAGGGUGUGACGCUGGCUCAGAACCUGACCAAGUUCGUCUCGGACGGCUCGAGCAACACCUUCUCCGUGUGGUUUGAGCACCCGGUGCAGGUGGAGCAGGACGCAUUCUACACGGUCAGUGCUGUGCUGGACGGCAACGAGCUCAGCUACUUUGGGCAGGAGGGCAUGACGGAGGUGCAGUGCGGGAAGGUGACCUUUCAGUUCCAGUGCUCGUCGGACAGCACUAACGGAACCGGGGUACAGGGGGGCCAGAUCCCAGAGCUGGUGUUCUACGCGUGAAAAACGUGUGGAUGGCAGUACCGGUGCACUUCCCGCCCACUGGAUUCGGAUGCAGUGAACACAUGGGGGAGUACAGGGUCCCAAGAGACUCUUGCCUUCUUUUCAAUGUAGCAGUGGAGGAUUGGAUAGCAAAGUCUUUUCAUGCUGAAACUGACUUUUCUCCCAAGAGCCUGAGUGAAGGAAUUCUCCUCUGCUUUAUUUAUUGAGAAAAGUAUAUUUGAUUUAAUUAUUGAUGCUGCGGCAUGCAGACAUAUAUAUAUGAACAAAGAAAUGGAUGUAUUGCACUCUUGGUGGCUCGUUACCACUGGUGUGUUUUUGUACAUAACCUGAGGGUAAUUUGUUUACAGCUUGAUGCUGACUGACAAAUGAAAUGUCUUGUAUUAGUGCGCAGAUUACUAAACUGCAGAUUAUAAAAGUUUUGUGACUCAAACUGAAAA